AGGUGAGAAUGAAUCUGGUAUUGAAAAGAAGGCAAAGAGUGAUACAUUUGUAAAACCAUGGGUUCCUUUCCAUGAAAUUAAAGAUGAAAGAGAUUGGUUACAGGAAGAAUUGAACAAGGUGAAAUAUGAAUUGGAUAAGAUCAAGAGGGCAGAGUUUAGGGUGGCUACUGUGGAAGACA